AUGAAUCAACUUCCUCUUGAUUUCAACGAUCUGAGGGAUGUCUGGAUAGUAACCAAGGGCGACUGGCAGCGUAGCUGGCGCAACGUCAGGAGACUCGAAGCUGUUGGCCGCGACAUAAUAUACGCUGCCCCCGGUCUUAAUUUCUAUCAUACAACGGAUCGCUUUUUAUCAAUGAAGAAAAUCUUGCAACAAAAGUUGAUAACCUGGGAAGUUGGACAGGAACCUUCCCUCCAAGUCAUCCGUUCAUUCGACUUACUUGCACUGCUCUGUGACCACCGACGUAGUUCGAUAUUGCCUUGGGACAUAUUCUCGCCGUGGGUGGUACGGUUCCGCCUCCAUCGAUUUGUCACGAGGGCAAAGGGUCCAGUCCAGCUCGGUGGGAUGACCUACGGAUAUGAACCCGAUUUCUCCCAGUACAUGAAGUCACAAACAGAGGGUUAUUCACUUCCUCCACAGCCCCCGUCUCCCUAG